GUAAAUUCUCAUUUGGUGGGUUCUCUCCCCCAGGUCGACUUGGGUAGAUUGGAAAGUUCACAAGGAGAAUGAUUCGUGGACAUGCUAAAAGUAUAUUACCAUUUCCUUAUUUUGCAGUGUGGAACAGAGUGACGGAGGCUUACCAUGGUCGAGCAGGUGUGUUGGAUAAGCUAUAUCCUUUUAACUGAUGUGUUGGAGUGCUCUAACCGCUAUUGGCUACGGUUGUGCUGGUGUGUUGGAUACUCUAACCGCCAUGGCUAUGGCUGUGUUGGUGUGUUAGUAGAAACUAACCAUUACGGUUGUGCUGGUGUGUUAAGUACUCUAACCGCCAUGGCUAUGGCUGUGUUGGGGUGUUAGUGGAAACACACCAUCAUUGCCUUGUGUAGUUUAAACAGCUGUGUUUUAUAUUGACUAGUCAACAUUUUUAUAUUCGCUUGUCAAUAUGUUUUUUCAUGAACUCUAAUUUGGUGUGCUAGUCAGGAAUAUAUACGUAUAUUUUACGUGACUGUUGUGUAUUGACAAUUUCAUUCAUUUGAUACCUUAACAGAACGUGUUGGUAGAACUAGAUGAUGAUUCAGGGGACGGCCCAUGUUCGUAUUGAUAGUGUAAUAGAAGACCUUGACCUUGGUGUCUUGAUAGUUCAAAAGGUCGUUUUAGUGCAGCGGAUCUCAACCUGUUAGUCGCGACCCCCUCCCCCCUUUUUUUAGGGGUGGGGGGGGGUCGAACGACUCUUACACCGGAGUCACCGAAGACCAUCGGAAAACAAAUAUUUAUGAAGUAACAACGAAUAUCAUUUUUAUGGUGGGUGGGGGGGGGGCGGGACACCCCUACAUGAGGAACUGUAUUAAAAGGUUGCGGUAUUAGGAAGGUUGAGAACCACUGUUUAGUGUGUUGAUAGUUUGAUUGAAGAACUUGGUGUGUUGAUAAUUCAAACCAUCGUUUUAGUAGGUCAAUCACUUCUACCCUAUAAGACGCGUAAGUGUGCUCCUCUAAGUACAACUUGGCCUGAUUAGGUUGAAUGACCGACAAGCAGGCGGUUGUAAUGUUAUAUUAGCAACACAACAAGGCUAAAGUUUUUAUCAUUUUUAUUUUGUUUGUUUUCGUUUGGCUUUUGUGGAGCGCAGCCGAUAUAUCAACCAUUGAGAACUGUAAGGACAGACACAUUGAUUUAAGGCAGUGGUUCUCAACCUUCCUAAUGCCGCGACCCUUUAAUACAGCUCCUCACGUUGUCCCAACCAUAAAAUUCUUUUCGUUGCUACUUCAUAAAAUAUGUGUUUGUCCGAUGGUCCCUGUGGGUCGUUCGACCCUCAACGGCGUCUCGAUCGACUGGUUGAGAACCGCUGAUUUAAGGGAUACAUUAUUACUUGAGCUAACACAGCGAUUUUCAGAAAGUUAGAUUACGCCUACAUAUUUUGCAUUUGCAUUCAGAUUAUUUGAAUGUAAUGGUUAUUAUUAGUCAGUUUACUUCCCAUUAAUGUAUACAUAUAUAAUAACUGAAGGACUGCAUUCAAGCUAUGUGAAUGAAAUAUACCUUCAACAUACCGGUACCUUGAUUUACUUAUUGCAUUCCCAGCAAUAGCAGUUGUAAUUGUGGAUUAGGUAUCACAUUGAGAAUGCUGAUUAAAUCUCCUAAAUGUUGAUGGCGAGGCAUUUCAGUCUUUUAUAGUUAAGUCGGUCAGCUGGUCGGUCUGUCGUUAUGUAGGUCAGUCAGCCGAUCGAUAUUACUUGACCAGCCAUGCCGUUAGAUCAUUUAGGCAUAUGUUAGGUCACACAGUCAGUCAGUCAACCAUUUCUUUAGGUCACACAGUCAGUUAGUCAACCAUUUCUUUAGGUCACACAGUCAGUUAGUCAACCAUUUCUUUAGGUCACACAGUCAGUCAGUCAACCAUUUCUUUAGGUCACACAGUCAGUCAGUCAACCAUUUCUUUAGGUCACACAGUCAGUUAGUCAACAAUUUCUUUAGGUCACACAGUCAGUUAGUACCAUUUAUUUAGUUCACUCAGUCAGUCGACCAUUUAUUUAGGUCAUCCAUUCAGCUAUUGGGAUGUCAGUUAAUCAACCAUUUAUUUAGGUCUUACAGUCAGUUUGCUAUUGGGAUGUCAGUUAGUUAACCAUUACUCUAGGUCAUACAGUCAGUUAGUUAACCAUUACUCUAGGUCAGGGGUCGGAAACCUUUUUGUCUGAGAGAGCCAUGGACACCACAUAUUUUGAAAAGUAAUUCUGUGAGAGUCAUACAUUAUGUUUAAAACUAAAAAUUCAAGUAAAUGUGUGCAUAUUGUGUAAUUUCGACACUAAAAAUGCAAACAUUAUGUCACUGAAUUCCUUUUAAUAACAUUGUUAUGCUGUUGCUAAUCAAUAAUGAGUAUUUCUUUCCAUCAAAGCGACUUUUUUUUUUAUAAUCGAACAUCGGUCUGCGAGCCAAAUGCAGCCAUCAUCAUAGGUUCCCGACCCCUGCUCUAGGUCAUACAGUCAGUAAUAUGUAUGAUCCACUGCUUUCCACACACUCUCCACCUUUUUCUAUCCUAUCUCCGCUAGUUCCCCCCUCUCUCUUUCUUCUUUCUUUCUUCUCGCACUAUUUAUUUAGCUCUGACUUUUCCUCCUAUCUCCUAAUGUUUUCUCUUUUCUCAUUUGAUAGAAAAUUUAGUUUUCUUUGACCUUGUAUCAUUUUCUAGCUCUCUCUCACUCUCAAUCCCUACUGCUCACGCUCUCUGGCUGUUUCAAAUCAUCUCAAUCUCUCUCACUCUAUUUCAUUUUCUCUCUCAUUCACCCUCUCUUUCAGUCUCUCUCUUACUAUCUCUCUCUUUCUCUCUCUGUCUCUCUCUAGCCCCUUCUACCUCAUUCUAUCUAAAUCAGUCUCUCUCACCCUUUGUCACUUCCCCUCUCUUAUUCUCUUUUACUUUAUCUCACUAUCUCUCAAUCUCCCUCACACUCUUUCUCUAUCCCUCUCUGUCUCUCAUUUUCUCUCAAACAUUUGGACUCAAAUUUUACCUGUUUUUUUAUCCUCCUCCACCCCCCCCCAACCAGAGACCAUGAUCAAGUUUAAAAAGCAGCUGUCGCCAUGGAAAGAGAAGUCUGCGACAGUUUACCUGGCGGUUGUUUCCCUUUGCCUCAACGCCGUCCUGCUUUUCUUAGCGAGUGACGUCAUCACGUACGGCGGGUUCUUCGCAGACGAAGGCAAAAGAACUCUCCACCAGACGAAAGACAUGGUGGCUGACCUUGUCCACGGCCUUGACCUCAGCUCCUUCGACACCCCGAAGUCUUCACUGUUUCAUACAGUUCUAGAAUGCGUCCUUGACCCAAUCAAAAAUGAGCCCACGGUGGCCGAGGAGGAAAACACCAACAGCUCAGCGCCGAGCCUCUCCAUCCUCCACCUUCUGAGCGUCCCCACCCUCCACAAACUGAACGCACGGCUCCAGUCCCAAGCCGAGGCCAAAAGCUCCGUGAUUUCAUUUCUCUUGCAGCCAAUCACCAACGAGCACAACUUUCAGUACGUCCACAAUCCCAGCCACGCAUGUGCACACGGGAAAACGGAUGUUCUUUUCGUCGUGCCGUCUGCGCCUGACAACUUCGACAACCGGAUCAAGACGAGGACCGGGAAAAAGGGCGAGUACGUGGGGCACAAGGGCCACAACGCCAAGAUGGUCUUCUUCCUCGGCCUGCCGGCCAGCGAAAAGGGCGCAAAGAUCCAGACCCUGAUCGACAUAGAGGCGGGGCUCUACGGCGACAUCGUCCAGGAGACGUUCGAGGACGUCUACGCGAACAUUCGCCACAAGUCCGUCUCCAUGCUCAAGUGGGCCAGCACGUUCUGCCAGCAGGCGACCUACGUCAUCCGGACGGACGACGACGUCAUGGUGGACAUCCCGAAGGUGUACGCGGUGAUGAGGCGGAAACACCAGCAGUUCACGGACUUCAUCGUGGGUGACCGGAAGGACAACUGGGAGCCCGUGCGCGAGACGGACAGCAAGUACUACUUGUCCGAGCAGGAGUACGCGCCCUCUACCCUCCCGCCCUUUGCGCUGGGGGGCUUACUGGGCUUCCCGAUCAGUACUGUGUCGCUUUUGUACCAGGCGGCGCUGAGGACGAAACCGAUCUGGCUGGACGAUGUGUACAUCACCGGGAUGUGCGCGCGCAACGUAGAUGUCCCGUUGUUGAAGGAUAAAGAUUUUAAGUUUAAACAUAGAGAAUGGUAGCACGGUUGUGUAUAGGGGGAAAAACCGAUUUUGUGGGUGGGCUGGGGGAUUGAUUUAGAUUAUGAGUUGAAAUGUUUUAAAGCCCCUUUUCCCAAAAAUUGAAAUUUUGUGGACCGGUCGACACGUCUUGAAACGGCACCACGGACCCGUGCCAGAUUUUUUAGUUACAAUUUGUAUUUGUGUUACAAAUAGUCAUAUCGUGCGGACCGGCAAACUCAAGGCUCACGCACCACCAUUUGGGAAACGCACCACCAUUUGGGCAACGCACCACCAUUUGGGCAACACACCAUCAUUUGGGCAACGCACCACCAUUUUGGGCAACGCACCACCAUUUUGGGCAACGCACCACCAUUUUGGGCAACGCUGUUCUAACGAAACAAAUAUGUAAGGCAUAAUAAAGACGCGUCACAGUUUUUAAUCAUGUGAAUAAACGAAUUAUUUAAAGAUUUACGUUUAAAAAUGUUUAUUUUUGUAACUAAUUAAAAAAAAAAAAGACUGUGACAGUAUCGUGAAGGGCACAUGAAUCCUGACUACAUAUUCUCAAAAGAUUCACUAAUCAUUUCUCAAAGUUCUGCUACAGUUUCAAAAUAUUCGCUGCCGUUUCUCAUAGCUCCGCUAUAACUCCUCAAAGACUAAAAACCAGACGAUUAUUCAAAGCGUCUUUUGACUGAAAAGCUAAUUUUUUUUCUUAAACAUACAAUCCUAUCAAAAUGAUGUGAAAUAUGUGGCGCCUUCGCAUACACUUUGUAAUAUAAUUCAUCGGCAUAUAAUAAAUAAUAAUGCACUGACCAGUGUCUGAUGGAUUCACCAGCUUUAGUAAAUAAUGAUUCACCAACCACUGCAAGACCGAUUCACCAAUAAAGAAAGUCAGCCAUCCACGAAAGGUGCCAUGCUUGUAACUUUAUUUCAAAUUUUUCGAAGAUUGCUCAAAGUCAUCAGUGCCCUAUUAUAUAAAUCACUGACCUCAAGGGCAUGAGUGCCCUAAAUAAAACAUAACAAGAACACCUGACCACCAUUGUUACACAAAUAUGCACUGUUUGUAUCUGAGUAUAUUAUAUGAAGGAUCUCACACAACGAUAUUUUGAUACUGUGAAUUCCCUCAACCAAAUCCCAUGGUUUUGUUUAGCUAUUUUAACAUAUACAAAGCCAUUAUGAUCUCAAAAUAUUGAUCUUACAGCAUUGAUUCCCGAUACUCUUGUCAUCCCGGCCCACUAAUGUUUUAUGAAAUCAUUAUGUAUCCCAUUUUUUAAUACUUCUUUUUUUUUUUUACUUUUUGCCAUAAAUUGUCAUUUUAAUUUUUGCCAUAAAUUGUCUUUUUAAUUUUUUGACAAUUUUUUUUUUUCAUCAUUUUAAUGAAGACAAUUAUUUUCAAGUCGUUUUUAAAAUUAGUUUUUUGAUUAUAUAUUUUUUGACUUUGCCACAUUACCUUCUUUGUUCUUGCAAAGUCUGUCCCAAUGUUGCUCUGACCUAUGCCCCAAUGUAUUUAUGGCAUUAAUUCUACUAUAUUAUUUUGAUCAGUCUCCUAGUUUUAGUGCCAAGAGUUUAAUGGCCUACUUGUUAAAGGCAUUUGUUACAUUUUAUGUGUGUAGAUUUUGGAGCCAUUCCAUCACAUUUUUAAGGGCAUCAAUGUACCAUGUUCUGCCCCAGACUUACCAUUGUCAGGGCAUUAAGGUAACGUUUUGUCCCAGAAUUUACAUUGUAAGUGCAUUAUGUAUCAUGUUCUGUCCAAGACUUUACACUGUCAUGACAUCUUAGUACCAUGUUCUGUCCAGGACUUUCAUUGCCAGGGCAUCUUAGUACUAUGUUCUGUCCAGGACUUUACAUUGUCAGGGCAUCUUAGUACCAUGUUCUGCCCCCAGAAUCUAUAUUGUCAUGGCAGCUAUGCCCAAGACUUUACAUUAAAAACAUGAAAUGAUAUGUCAAGGCAUUCGUAAAUGCAUUAAUGUUUUCAUCAUUUUGAUAUAUAUUAUUAUUUUUUUUAAAUUUAUAUUAAUAAUUUUCUUAACAAUAAAAUAAAUAGUUCAUUUAUUAAAUUUAUUAGAUGUUACUCUGAUGAUAUUUUACUAUGUAAGUAUAACAAAAUAUAAAGUGGUUUUUAUUACUUUGAAAAUCUUCCUCUGAUAAACAAUUAAGGUAUUGUAAAGGGCGGUUGAAUGUUUUCAAAAAUGUAUUUGACAUAAGAUAUUAACAAAGAGCAACAAUUUUUGAUGGACUGUUACCUUAAUCCUGGUUACUAGGUAAUUUGCAUUGAUAAAUUGUUACUUUAGCACGUAUUCUAAGAUAAAAUAUUACUUUGAUAUUAGUUCUAAGAUAAAGUGUUAAUUUGGCAUAAUUUAUAAGAAGAACAUUUACUUUGGCCUAAUUUCUAAGCUAAAAUGUUACUUUGGCAUGAUUUCUGAGAUGAAUUGUCAAUUUAACAUCAUUUCUGAGAUAAAUUGUCACUUUA